AUCUACGUCUACGGAAUACAUUUACAACAAUAUGAACACUACUAUCACUGGCAGUAUGCAGCAGGCAGCAAGUAGAGUUCCAGGUUCACAGCUGAACAAACCGCCCAGCAUGGUCCAUCACUGAGCAAGAUCAACACCAAGGCAGGGCUUCUGCCACCAGCUCAUCCCCAGACUGAAUCUGACUGCCGAUCGUAGGAAUGGAGGUCCACCUUUCUCUUCGGAACUGGCCAUGUGCCACGAAACACUGAGUGUCAAGGAGGCCGACGAGAGAGCCGAUGGCCGCGUGGAGCAGAGCGGGAAUCCCAUCCUGGUGAUGACAUGGCCGCUCCCGUUUCUGCUCUGGAAGCGGCUGUAAAGAAAGCCACCGAGGUUGCUUAUAAUGACGGCCCUCGGCGAUACAAAGCGGAGGAGUGGAACCGAGAGCUAGAGAUCAUGUGCCAUGAGAUGCUGGACGAGAAUCCGGAUAUAAACGCCAUCAAGACUACCAGGGAGAAAAUCAAGGCUGUGUAUGCCGAACUCGAUAACGGGAAUAUCGCAGAUACCACGAUGGGAAGGCUGCUUGGCCAUCCGCGCAUCGCGAAGCUGCUGGGAUCUUCGUUCUUGAUCGAGGAAGACGACCCUCGGAUGCUUGCAGACAAGCUCAAGCCCUACAUCGACAGCAAGAGCGGAAACAGCCCGAAAGGACGCAG